ACGCGGAAGCGGCGAGCCGGGCCCGGAGGCGGCGGCAGGUAUCAAGAAACUGACCAUGUUCCCUUGAAGUGGCUUAUGUGUUUGCUUCCUCCAUGUCUCUCGUGUUGAAUAUCUUAAGAGAGAUGCUGGGAUAUUUUGGCGUUCCUAUAGACCAGGUUUUGCAGAUUUGGGAAAAUAAAGGCUACGGCUCAGCGCGGAGUGUUGUUCGGAUUAUUGGAAACAUUCUUCCUUUAGAGCCCUGCCCCAGGCCUCAUUUUGAGCUGACCCCAGUCUUGACCUCUGCAGACUCUGCUAACUGUGGAUCUGUAGUUCCAUCUUUUGCUGAUACUUUGUUUGUGGCAAAUGAUGAAGAGGCCCGUUAUCUCAGAUUUAGAAAUAGUAUAUGGAAAAAUGAAGAAGAGGAGGAAGUUGAAUACCCUGUGCACCUGGUUUGGGAUCCAUCGUCACCGGCUCUAAGACGUAACAAACCAAUGAGAAAUGAUCCGCCUGUAAGUGAAGCUGCAAUUAAAAAAAUAGCCGCCCUUGAGGAUGAGCUGGCUUCGCUCCGCUCUCGGAUUGCUGCGAUCGUGGGGCUGCAGGAGCUGAAAACCAGCACAGGCUCCGGCUCCUUUGACUUGAAUGACGGGCCUGGUGGUUUGGGACAAACGCCAUCGUCAGUGGCUGCUCAACUCAGUGCUGAACCGGAUCCAUUCUCGAGUUCAUGGCUUCCCUCUCCCCCUCCUCCACCACCACUACCCCCUCAGUUUUCUUCUCUGCAGCCUCCAUGUUCUCCUCUUGUACAACCAGGAUCUAAGAAUAUUUGUGACUCAGAUAAUUCAGCAGCUGAAAUGAAAAAACAGCACCCAGGUGCUUGUCAGACUAUUUAUAGUCAUUGUCCAAAAAACCAGAACAAUAAAGAUAUUCCAAACAUGCUGGACGUUCUAAAGGAUCUGAAUAAGGUGAAACUCCGUGCAGUUGAACGGUCGCCUGGAGGGAGACCCCUUCACAAGAGGAAGAGACACAGCUCACCCUGGGACCCUGUGGCUUUAAUAUCCCGUGCCCUGAAGCAGAAAUUUGCGUUCCAAGAAGACGAUUCCUUUGAGAAAGAAAAUAGGUCUUGGGAGUCUUCUCCCUUUUCUAGUCCAGAAGCUUCAAGGUUUGGACAUCACAUUUCCCAGUCAGAAGGACAGUGAACUAACGGAAGAACCGACAGACACAAAAGACGUUGACCAAGGUGUGCACGCUGCGAGCUGUGGCUGCGCUCCUGAGGAGAGAUCACAGACGCACACCGGCCAGCCUUUCACGAGGCGUGGAAGGAGCGCGUCUUCUGUUACGUGGGUAAAUGAAGUCUGUACACCGGGUCUGUGAGUGCAGGGCUGCGAAGAGUCUUGACUUAAGAAUUCCUGUCUCUGGUCUUGGAAGAUCCAGCAGCUACCUGGGUACCGGUGAUAGUUAGGUGUAUGGACUUUUUAAAUGUAUUUAGUUAGUGCUAUUAAAAGCUGAAUACACACUGAAUGAUUUUCCUAAGAGCUAAACAGUAAGUGACCUGGUGUUUCCCAUUAGAGAACAGUCAGCUCUCGCUGUAAGGUAACAAACCAUUUUAGUGGAUUGAGAAAGUUCUGUAAACUACGUGUGUAUUGUAGCACUCAGCAAACCAUGGUGUACUUGGGUUUUUAAAAACAAUUUAUUAAAGCAAUUAUGACUUCCUAAUUUAAGAGCCUUUGCAUCUUUUAAAAACUGAUGGUGAUCUGAUUGACUGGCCUCCAGCAACUGGGAGAUUUUCAAAGAAUAUAAAAUUGUGGUUUUUUUCCUUAGGAUAGUCGUAGUUCAAAUCAUGUUGAUUGAGCCUCCUAAAAAUUCUUCCUGAGGUGACAAAGAAUUACUCUUAGAAACCGGUUUUGAUUGUUGAGUUCUAGAAGUAGAAAUAUUUAAGGAAUCUUCUUGGUAAGUUUUGCCUGCACUUCUGUGUA